AAAAAACCACCCAAGACUACAACUCGAGGCGCAUAGCCCUACAUUAGCACACCAGCACUUGCUACUUUCCUCACUCCCACAUCGUCGUCUCGACCAACGUGUGGCGGCGGCGCUUAUGGACACAAGAAGCCUGUCCCCGGCGGCGUCAGGCGUGUGGAUCACCGUCCUCGUGGCGGUGGUCGUGGUGUCCUUGGCACCGGUGGCGGCCAACGAGGAAGGAGACGCGCUGAUGGCCCUGCGCCAUGGCGUCAAGGACCCCGACGGCGUGCUCACGAGCUGGGACCCGAGCCUUGUGAACCCAUGCACGUGGUUGCACGUGAUGUGCAACGACGACAACCGCGUCGACCGUAUAGAGCUUGCUAACAUGAGGCUGUCUGGUCCUCUGCCGUCCGAGCUGGGAAAACUGGAGCAGCUGCAAUACAUGGAAAUGAGCGGAAACAGUCUGCAGGGCCCGAUCCCGUCAGAGUUCGGCAAGUUGAAGAACCUGAUCAGUAUGGAUUUGUAUAACAAUGACCUUUCAGGACCCCUACCAACGACGCUUGGGAACCUCAGGUCCCUGAAGUUUCUACGUAUCGACCACAACCGCCUGACAGGAUCGAUCCCUAGGGAGCUCUCUGGACUGCCCAACCUUAGAACUGUAGAUUUCUCAAGCAAUGACUUCUGUGGCACAAUCCCGACAUCAGGACCAUUCCAGAACAUUCCCCUCACCAGCUUCUCCAACAAUCCGCGGCUGAAGCAGGGGCCAGGCGAGUACGACGCCAACUGCUAGACGUACGGCGGCCAUCGGUAUAUAUGAACAAUAAUGGAGCAGUAGAGUAGUGUAGCCAUCGAGCGAAGAUGGUUGCAGAGAGCUGUGCUAGAUAGGGCAAAGGCCUCGGGCCUCGCUGUAAUGCGCCCCUCUGAUGGGGCUAUUGCUUUGUAACUGUGAGCCUGGCGCUGGUCGCUAGAGAGAUAUUGGGAGAAUGAAGCAAAUGG